UCAACUAUGACGUCACCGUCAGGUACAGGGGAUUAAAGAUGGCCCCUUCUCACGCGCUGAGGUGCUGUAAACGGGCUCUAAAUUGGGUACCUGUUCUGUUUAUUAACCUGGUUGUCGCCUGGUCCUAUUAUGCCUAUGUCGUGGAACUCUGUGUGUAUACAAUCCCCAAAACAAAUAAUGCAGAACGAAUCAGCUAUUUGGUCAUCUUUCACAUUUUCCUUGCCAUGUUCAUAUGGUCCUACUGGAAAACGAUCUGGUCCAAACCAGCCAGUCCUUCAACAGCAUUUGCGUUGCCCCGAGUGGAGAAGGAAAUGUACGAGAAGGAGCAGCGAGCUGAAGUGCAGCAAGAAAUCCUGAAGAAAGUGGCCAGGAAUUUACCCGUGUACACACGCACCGCUGGAGGAGCCAUCAGGUACUGUGACUUCUGUCAAGUUAUCAAACCCGAUCGCUGUCAUCACUGCUCAUCAUGUGAAAAGUGUGUGCUGAAAAUGGACCAUCACUGCCCCUGGGUGAAUAACUGUGUUGGGUUCUCAAAUUACAAGUUCUUCAUUCUGUUCUUGGCCUAUGCAACGCUCUACUGUGCUGUUAUUUGUGCAACUGUAGUGCAGUAUUUCAUCAAAUUCUGGACAAAACAGCUUCCUGACACACACGCCAAAUUCCACAUCUUGUUCCUGUUUUUUGUGGCGGCCCUCUUCUUCAUUAGCAUAGUGUCACUUUAUAGCUAUCAUAUGUGGCUUGUGGGGAAGAACAGAACCACUAUAGAGGCUUUCAGAGCUCCUGUUUUUGCAAAUGGUCCAGACAAAAAUGGCUUCUCCCUUGGCUUUAAACGAAAUAUAGCUGACGUAUUUGGAGAAGAGACAAAGUACUGGAUUUUCCCAGUUUUCUCAAGUCAGGGAGACGGCCAUUCUUUUGUCACCAGAUUGGUACACAUAGACCCUGAACAAGCAAACAGUGUCCUCCAACAGAACGGAAAAAUUCCUGUUGCUGGAGAGACCAACCUUUCUGUGGUUGCUGAUGAUGAGCCUCACACAGAGGGCAAAAGCAUAGAGAAAACUGAUGGAGGUCAGAUGGUUGCCGUGACAAUGGACAGUGAGCCUUAAAAGGUCACACACUCCUCUGUAAUUAUAUCAGGGGCAUUGCCUUAAACGAGGAACAUCAAUACCUCCAGGACCAUCCGUGGCACCAAAAACAAUACUGUUGUCAUGACAACAAACUCUCUACAGCAACUUUGUAGACUGCAACAGUCUGAAGCUUGUCAGAGAUUUGGGAUUUUAUUUUUAUUAAUGGUUUCACCUUAAACAAAUCUCUGAGAGCUAGCAUACGUUUUCAAUGUCUGCACAUAGUAACCAGCAUACAUUUCAUCAAGAGACUCAUCUUUUCUCAGUAUUAACUAACUGUUUCAACGCUAAGGCUUCAAUCAGAUUCUUUUUGUAGAGCCACUAAAGUAUGAUUUGAUUUACAAGUUUUGAAUAAGAGACUCUAACAUUAUCGGUGUCUGUCACGUGUUAUAAGUGUUUCACUAUAAACACGGUUCAAUUAUCAGGGUCUGUAAUAAACAGUCGCAUGGUCUCAAACUUUAGUUUACAAUAUGUUUGGAAAUAUUUAAAACCCCGUUUUGUUUACACAUUUCAUACGUUUUCGUCUUUCUAGAUGGUUAAGAAAUACUCAUGAUGUUGGUUGAAAACGCAAGAGCCAAAGCUGGGAACAUUUGAAUGAUUUCAGUAGCAUGACUUGUAGUGCUGCAAAGGGAUUGAUGUGACUACAAUUUUUCAUUCCACUGUUUAUUUUCAUGUUUUUAUAGUGCAACGUUUAUUUAUUUGAAAGCAAGGGAAAAUACUAAUUCACAAUUAAAUUUGGUGAUGAACUCAGAAAGGUCAGGGGCGUUUGGUUCAAGGUGUCCUUGAAUCAAAACCAAUAUGGACAGAAAAGGAAAGAAGAUUUUUAUACCUCGAGCGUGUAAACAAUUAUAUUCCGCUCUGUCCUGCCGGUCCUUUUUUCAUGAGUGGGUCAGAUAAGUCAGUAAUAAUUAUUCCUUUUAGUGAUAAUGAUGCACAGCUCCUUAUGAGUUUUGACUGAUAAUUGAUUUCUAGAUUGCCAUCUGAUGUGAAUUUACUGAUAUUUAUGUCUAACUUCACUGACUGAAUAUUUAAAGCACAAUUUGUUUGCUUCAGCUGCUAAUGUAUUUAAAUUUGUAAAUAACUGCUUUUUUAUUGCACAAACUGUUGAUGCGACAAUAUUUGGACUUGUAACAAUAAAUCUUAUUAAAGCAC